GGUAAAUUGUUAGGAGGAUGUCCUUGGAGACGAGGGGUGGGGGCGUGUUUGACUUUGUGACUGGUGUAUAAAUGAAUCAGUCAGAUUCAGCUGUCUACAGAGCUUUUUGCCUACAUCAACAUCAACAGUGACCUUAUUUUGUUGAGUGUGAAGGAUGGUGAGAUCAGCCAUGAUGUUCCUCUUGUUGAAUCUCCUGGGACUGGCAGGCUCUAUUGGCGCGACCGUCCCAAGAAAUCUUGCCUUGCGUGGAAAAGCAACACAGUCAGACCUCAUCGAGAACCCAUGGCACGGUUUGAGUCAUGCCUCCAAUGCCAUUGAUGGGAACCGCGAUUCACAUUUCCAUCAUGGGUCCUGCACUGCCACUGACGAAUCCACUAACCCCUGGUGGAGAGUGGACCUGCUUGAUACCUACAUAGUCACCUCCAUCACCGUCACCAACAGAGGGGAUGCUGUUCCUGAGAGGCUUAACGGGGCUGAGAUACGAAUAGGAAAUUCUUUAGUGGACAAUGGCAUUCAUAACCCUCUGGUUAAAACAAUUCCCUCCGUUCCAGUUGGCAGUUCUCUCACCCUUGCCUUUGACCCAGGCUUCAAAGGACGCUAUGUGACUGUGGUUCUACCAGGCCAGAAAAGACUUCUGACACUCUGUGAAGUGGAGGUUUAUGGCUACCUUGCCCCAACCGGAGAGAAUGUGGCUCUAUAUGGAAAGGCCACCCAGUCGUCUUUGUAUGGGUUUGGCAUUCCAGGCAAUGCUAUUGACGGGAAUCGCAACGCUAUUUGGAUAGGAGGGUCCUGCACCCACACUCUACAGGACAUCAACGCCUGGUGGAGGGUGGACCUUCUGAAGACCUACAAAGUGUUCUCCAUCAUCAUCACCAACACAGUCGACAGUGUUCCCAGCAGACUCAAUGGAGCUGAGAUACUCAUUGGAGACUCCCUGGAAAACAACGGCAUCGACAAUCCUAGGUGUGCUGUGAUCUCCUCUAUCCCAGCUGGCACUUCUAGCACCUUCCAGUGUCCGGGCAUGGAGGGUCGAUAUGUCAUCGUGGUCAUUCCAGGGAGGAAGGAGUACCUGACCUUGUGUGAGGUGGAGGUGUACGGAUCACCCCUGGAUGGGACUGGGCCUACAUGUAACUAAAUCAGAUCGUUAACUCUUAACAGCACCCUGCAAUGUUUGGGGAAUGUAUUGUCUUACGAAAAACAAUGAAUGUUUUUUAGUAUACUUCCAGUAUGUUAAUGAUCAAAAAUGUGUAUUUACUUUCAGUAUACAAAAACAAAUUUGGUCCCCUGUUCUGGACACUGUUUUUGGAAGUUUGGGUAUAAAUUGGCCAACUUUUUGUGUAACACAAAAAUAUUCAUACAUUUCUUGUAGCCUAAUUAUUGGUUGGAUGGUUCACAUUGAUACUUAGAAAUACAUAUAAUGCUUUAAUACUAUUGCUAUUAUGCUAAAAUGAAUUAAAGGUGAAAUCUUGGAUCUGGAAUGUUUCCAUGAUGUAUUUGGUUGUUUGUGCUCGUAGUCUGUAAAUAGGUCCAUUUUGGGCUCUGUACAAUAAUCCACUCUUUGCCAUAGCCUGUUCCCUCUAAAGUUGUAUCCCUAUCUUCUACUCUAAAUUAUUCUAUUGUGGUCGGAAUUACUGCAGAUGACUUUAUUGCUUGCUGCCCUCAUAUCAUAAAACAUGGUGAACAAAGUUUGAAAGACCAUAAACAUAAGCAAAUAUUUACCAGCUACAUUAAUAUACGGCUGAAUGCUACUCAGAUGACCAGACGAGGACCAGACCAAAUCAAGCAUACAUCAACAUACGUUUAAACUCCACUGGACUUUAGGUUAGAGAAUAUGACAGAAUCCACCACUAGUCCGCCUGGGAUUGUGUAUGUGACAAAUAAAAUUUGAUUUGAUUUGAA